AUGCCAGUCGAUAUCGGUUUCAUCACGGGAAUCGUUAUAAGCGGAAUUAUAAUAAUCGGUGUGAUUGGAAACGUUAUGACCUUAUUCGUGAUAAUCCGUUACAAACCGUUACGGAAUGAAACUGGAAUGUUUCUGGCAAAUCUCGCUGUGGCAGAUCUCUUGCAGUCGAUCAUUGGGAUGCCUCUGAUAGCUGCUUCAGCUUUUCACAAACUAUGGCUGUUUGGUGAAUCUCUUUGUGUAAUAAGUGGGUUGACCAACUCGCUCUUCUGUGUGACAUCUGUUUUGACGCUCACAGCAGUAUCUGUUGAUAGAUGGCUAUCAAUUGUAUACCCACUCCAGUACAGAAAUUGGUUGACUGUCAGAAGAGCAAGGUUUACAUUGGUUUACAUCUGGAUACAUGCUCUAUUUGUGGCGAUUCUUCCUGUGUUUGGUUGGUCAAGGUUUGUGAAAUCAGUUGAUUCUUAUCUUCUAGAUCUGGUCUGCAUUUUUCUGGGCCUUUCAACGAUUAACUAUGGUGUAAGCGUUGAGCGAUCAUUUUUUUAGUAACCAAUAUUCGCGCUAAAUUAAAUUUUUUCCUCCGUUUUGCUUUUCAUUAAUUCAUUCGAGAGUUCAUUUUCCUUCUUCUGGGAUGAAUCAGCGAUUUUCAAGCGCGCGUGCGUUUUCGACAUAUUGAACUGGGCCGAGAAAUACCGAAACUCAUCCGUAGCUUAGCGCUCUACGGACAAACGUAUUUGUAUUUUCAGCUGACUUCGAUUCAUGUUGUUGCAGGUAUGUUUAUUUGCCUUAUGAGUUCAUCUGUACAGUCCAAUGGGAAAGCGAUAAGAGUUACACGAUGUUUCUUAGCGCGACAAGUUUCGUUACACCCGUGAUCGUCGUGGUGCUGUGUUACUCAAGUGUCUUGAAAACCGCUCGUCGUAAAGUACGCCAGGAACCACGUGUCACGGUUGGCCGAUUUAGUGGGUCGAAUGUGAAGCCUGGUACGAGUAGCACGGAAGAAGCUUUCAAUAAAAAUUGCGAUAAUUCAGGAAAAUAUUUUCGCGGAAAAGAAAAUAAUGUAUUCAUUUCAAAUUCAAAGAAGAGGUGGGAGAAUAGUAUCUUUGAGGAAUGUCAUAUCGGGCCGGAAAAAUCAGAAUCGACCUCACUUAAAAUGGAAGAACACCAUAAUGAGAUUGAACGUGACUCUGAGCUGAGUUCGACAUCUACCAUUCGGAAAAAAGAAACAAAGAGAAAAUCCUCAUCUAGAGUCGUUCCCUCGAGUACAAGUGGAGUGGCUCAAUUAAAUACUGUCGUAGCAGCCAAAGGUUGCUCUAAAAUGGCUGGAAAAGGCAAACACCCCAAGAACUUUAGUACCUCUUCCUCUCCUAGAACUGGGACGUCCCGUGUUAAUAAAGUUGACGUCGCUGCACCGGUAAUAAACCGCUGGACAGAGGAUAUCUCUCUAAGGAAGGAGUCGACGGUUAUUCCAGAAGAAACCGAGGGAAAGAGAUACCCUUUUUCCCGAACAAUAACAGCUACCGCCGGGCUGCCGGAACCCCUCGCUCGAAUGCGCGGAUGGAUGAACGAGCGGAAAAAGGGAGACGGGCGACAUAAGAGGCAAGUCUUAAACCAAUUACUUCAACUUUUAAGUUGAUCAGUGGACAAACCCUUGUUUCUGUUUGUUACCUUCCCUGUGCCCCUUGUUUGUUACCUCCCCUGUGCACCCUUCUUACCCCCUUCCAUAAAACUCUCCUUUGUUACCGCUGAGGGUAAGGGUUCCAGUUGUGUUUUCCAACUGUGAAAUAAUUUCAAAAGUAGUACUGAAAAAGAAUUAUUAUUUCAACCUAUAAGUAGAAAAAAUGGUCAAAUGGUACCCCCCUCUCAUCCUGUGAUUUUUGACUUACAGUUGCCCACUGUAAGAAAUAAACAUUUUAUCUUUAAUGUGUUCUUUAGGAAGGAGAUGAAGAUCACGUUUAUCCUGCUUGUGGUAAAUGGCACCUUCCUUCUCUGUUGGUUUCCUCAUUUUAUUGGAAUGAUGUGUUUAACCUUUACAAACGGCUUGUGCCCAUUCCCCGACAGUUACCACAUCAUCACCACCACGCUGGCUAUGUUGAACAGCGGUUGCAACCCAUUUAUAUAUACCCUGACUUACCGGAAAUUCAGAAGUGGGUUUCAGGCAGUAAUUCCAUGUUUUCGCUCUCAUAACGCUGCUGAAUUAGAAAAUUCUGUGGAAUAA